AUGACCGUCCACGUAAUCAAAAACCUGGCUGAAUUCAGAAAUCAUCUCGAAAAACACGAAGUUGUCAUUGUUGACUUCUGGGCACCAUGGUGUGGUCCUUGCAGAUUCAUCAGCCCAGUGGUCGAAAAGAUGUCCGAGGAACAUGGCAACGACAAGGUCUCUUUUGCCAAAGUCGACGUGGAUGAGGCUCAAGACAUCUCUCAAGAAUACGGGAUUCGCGCGAUGCCCACUUUUAUGGUUUUUAAAGACGGCGAAAAGGCCGAUGAGGUUGUGGGAGCUGAUCCUGGCAAGCUUGAACAAAUGGUUCGACAGUACGCUUGA